AUAAUGGUAAUUCGUCGAAACGGUCUUGUAGUCACUUAUCCUAGUAUAAAGUUAAAAAUGGCCGAGAUUUUAGAUAAGAGUAUUAAACAAACAGAUGAUGUGUCUAAAAAGCUUGCAAUUAAUAAAUUCAAGCUCUCAACUCACUGGCUUGGUCAUUUUUUAAACCACAAUAAUCUUUCUCUAAGGCAUAAAACUAAAAUCACUCAAAAGCUACCUGAAGAUCUUGAAAAUCAACUACUUAGCUUUCAACGAUGGAUGUCGAAUAGCAGUAAUGGUAUUACCAAGAAAGGGAACUUAAAACAUGUCGAUUUGAGUACGAUAUGUCACUGGGUUUUGAAUGCUUGGGAAAAUGUUUCUGAAGACAUCAUUAUCUGGGCAUUCAAAAAAUGUGGCAUCUCUAAUUGUUUGUUGGGAAGUGAAGACCAUUUGAUCUAUGAGAAUGAUGACAAUGAUGAAAAGAGUUCAGAUGAUAAUGAAUUAUAUGAAGAUAGUGAAA